CGCGUCGCGCUUACAUUUUUAUUUCGUUUUGCACCGCUUACUGCGUAGGUGUCCCGUGUAAAAUUACAAAUUCACAAGUGUUAACAGCAAAUAAACAGUGCGAUGUUGAAAUCAUUUAUGUACAUAAUUCAAGAGAAUCAAUCACAAAACGCAUUUAUCGCAAUAUUGGCGGCAUAAAAAGCCAAGAAAUCAACCAAUUUCUCUCUCAAUACAAAUAAUUCUAUUCCAAAUGCAACACUGUGGCGCAACACCAACACAAUGCUGUUGAAAAAGAAACGCUUUAUGUACGUAGAGCAGGACGGCAGUAUAGACAACAUUGCUGUUUUCAAACCAAGCAACAACAGCAACAGCAGCAGCAGCAAUAACAUCAACAGCAGCAGCAACAGCAGUGUUGUUUGUGUUAGUGGCAGUAGUUAUGGAUCCAACAUGGCCGAUACACGCGAAGUACGCAUUGUGGAGCAAUUAAAAGUGAAAAUUGGCGAUGCGAAAAACCUGAGCAGUCGUAAUGCGGCCAACACCAGCUGCAGUACACAAGGGACUCGAGAUGUUUAUUGCAUAAUAGCACUGGAUCAGGAAGAAAUAUGCCGCUCACCCAUCAUCGAACGCACAUUAAAGCCAUUCUUUGGCGAGGAAUAUCAUUUCAUAAUACCCCGGCGAUUUCGCUAUCUAUCCAUUUACCUAUAUGAUCGUGAUAUGAAGCAGGAUAAGCCGAUUGGCAAGAUAGCGAUAAAGCGAGAGGAGCUGCACAAGUACAAUCAUGAGGACCAUUGGUUCUCGCUGCGACCGGUCGAUGCUGACUCCGAGGUGCAGGGCAUGGCACAAAUUGAGGUGCAAUUCGAAAAGGUGCCACAGCCGGUGACGAUGACAACGCUCGAUGUAAACAAGGAGUUGGGCGGACAGCAGCAUCUGCAUCACCAGAGUGCACAUCAAAAUGAUUACAAGGAGAACAGCGAACUGAGCAAUAUACAGAGGUCACUAACCGGUACAUCAUCGUCCAAUGACCAAUUAAAGGAGGCGCUGUCUAAUACGCAUGCGCGUAACUUGCGUGUGGCUAUACGUGUGCCUGCCUGUGUUGAUCUCUCCAAGAAGCAGGGCAACUGUGAUCCAUAUGUGGUCUUUACCGCCUAUUACAACAACAAUCAGCAAAUAACUAAGCGCACGAAGCGUUGCAAGAAGACCGUCAAUCCUGAAUUCGAUGAGGUUAUGUACUUUGAUCUCUGUAUUAACACAGAUGUGGGCAGUACGGCAACAACGGGCAGUGCCAUAUAUCCCAUAGAGGUGGCCGAUAUCAGUGAGAUUGUUAUAACAGUGUGGCAUGGCGCCAUGGCGGAUAAAAUCUUCCUGGGUGAGGUGCGUCUACCCAUGCUGAAUAAGCAACAACAAAUGGCCGUACAGCCGUCUGCCUGGUAUUAUCUGCAGCCGCGUAGCACAGCAAGCAGUUGUCGUUCGUUGAAUGUCGUACCUCGCUCCUGUGCAACGCCACCGGGUACGCGACUAAGCGUGGACUCGACAAUUGGAUCGCUGCGUCUCAAUCUGAACUACACCGCCGAUCAUGUUUUCCCACUGGCCACCUACGAUGAUUUGCUCAAUCUCUUGCUUGAGUCUGGCGAUCGGAAGCCCAUUACCGUAUCAGCAGUUUCGAUACUCGGCGAGCUGGUUUCGGGCAAGACGGAAUUGGCACAGCCACUGGUGCGUCUAUUCACAUAUAAGGAGCGCAUAGCGUCCAUUAUUGAAGCGCUCGCCGACUCUGAGAUAUCAAAUCUGACAGAUCCCACGACAAUAUUCCGCGGCAACACACUUGUCUCCAAAAUGAUGGAAGAGGCUAUGCGUUUAUCGGGAUUGCAUUAUCUGCAUCAGACACUGCGUCCCGUCCUCUCACAAAUAGUUGCCGAAAAGAAACCCUGCGAAAUUGAUCCCUCAAAGGUGAAUCGCUCAGCGAUCGACACAAAUCUGCACAACCUCCAAGACUAUGUGGAGCGCGUUUUUGAGGCCAUAACGAAGAGUGCAGAACGUUGUCCCAAGGUAUUGUGCGAGAUCUUUUACAAUUUGCGCCGAUGUGCCAGCAAGCAUUUUCCUCGAAAUCUAGAAGUUCGUUACUCUGUGGUAUCGGGUUUCAUAUUUUUGCGUUUCUUUGCGCCAGCCAUAUUGGGUCCCAAACUGUUUGAUCUGACCACAGAACGUUUGGAUGCCCAAACCAAUCGCACAUUAACGCUCAUCUCGAAGACCAUUCAAUCACUGGGCAAUUUGGUCAGUUCUCGCUCUUCGCAGCAGCCCUGCAAGGAGGAAUACACCGGCGAGCUGUAUAAGAAGUUCUGCACGGAAAAACAUGUUGAGGCGGUCAAGCGUUUCCUCGAGCAAAUUUCCACGCUUAAGUCGGAUGAUUUUUCCCACAGCGAGCCAGUGGUUCUAAAAGAAGGCAAGGGCAUAAUUACCAAAUAUCCGAAAAAUCCGAAACAUUUUGGCAACAAGAGCAUGCAGCGCUACUUCUGCCUGACCACGCGUUCGCUGAGUUAUUCCAACUCGAAGGGCAAGCGACCCAAGUUAGACAUACCGCUCGAGGACAUUUCCAGUGUUGAACAGCUGAAUGAUAAAAGCUUCAAAAUGCAGAAUUGUUUUAAGAUUAUAAGCAAAGAUCGUCCACUUAUAGUGCAGGCAAUGAAUUGUGUGGAGGAGCACGAAUGGAUCGAAUUGCUGCACAAGAUUUGCCGAAUUAAUUCCAUACGCAUGCACUCUUUCCAUCCAUCGGCAUUCGUCAGCGGCAUCUACAGUUGUUGCGACCGUGCCGAUGAGAAUGCGCCCGGCUGCAAAACUGUGUCACCCCAAGAGAUGUAUAGCUUCCAAAUGGAUUUGGUCACUGCGCUGGAUCCACAGCUCGACUUGCAGCGCAUACACACGCUCAUCAUGUCCAACAUGUGUCUGUUGGAUGCGCUGCUCGAUCCGCUUGCGCAACACUUGCCCCCACAGCACAAUCCAUUGGGGCCGAUGGCCACCGCGCUGCAACAGCAAUCUCUAACAGUCUAUGGAGAGUUCAAAAAGACGAUUGAGAAGUUGCGCGAGAAGGCCUAUGCCAUCGAUAGGGAUCAUCGGGACUACAAGCAGGGCAUAACGAGAAAAUUGAAAUAUGGCAGUCCCCAGGCACCGAUCGGCGACGACAACUAUUAUAGUCUGAUGCGAGCCGCCGGUCAACUAAACCUGCAACAUCAUCAGCAGCAGCAGUAUCAGCAGCAACAGCAGCAGCAGCAACAACAGUACCACCAACAGCAACAACAGUACCACCAACAGCAGCAGCAGCAGCACCAUCAGCAACCACAGCCUGUAUUGCCGCAAAUGCAGAAUGUACGCGCGAAUCCAUAUCAGGCGCAGCAACAACACCAGCAGCAGCAACAACUGCAUCACAGCAAUCCCAACAUGAACGCUUACCACAUACACAAUCUGCAACAUCAGCAACGAGUUCAGCAACAGAAUCAGCAGCAAAACAUCCAACAGUAUUGGCAGCAGGACCAGCCUUUACGUUCCCAACAGCAACUGCACCAACAAUUGCAACUGCAACGCCAGCAUCAACUGCAUCUCAACAACAAUAUCGUAAUCAGCACCCACAACAAUAACAACAACAACAACAGUAGUAGCGGUCAUGUCUCAUCUUCCAGCCCAUCAUCGACUGCUUCUAGUGUUGCAGCCGCACCCAGCUCUUUGGCCUCAUCAGCAUCGACGUCAAUGCCUCAGCCGGCGAAACCGAUUUAUUAGCGUUCAAGACUAUGCGUAUUUGCCAUACCAAGAGCGAUCAUUAUGACGCGGUAGAUACGCAUACAGCCCUUUCUGGCAAUUAAGCAAACACAUGGUGGUGAGGGGAAGGGCGCUCACAAACUAUUUUUCUAUCUAUAUCGUAGAACCGCUAAGAGCUGAAGCUUAAACUAUUCUAUGCCAACAACCUCUUACUUUACUUAAUGAUAUGAUAAUGUUAAUAGUGCGUGUAACACACUGCCCCCAACAACAACAACAGAAACAACAACAACUUCACACACUUCCAUGCUGUGCUUGCUUCCGUACUACAAGAAGAAAAAAAAGAGAAGAACUAUUGCUAAAGAAUACGUAUAUUUUUACACACAUUCUUGGCUAGCUUUAUCCAUAAUUUGGCUACAAUGUUUUCGUUAAAAACUUUAUUUGAGAACUAUUGGUUAAGUGAACACUUUGAUCAACUAUCUUUAAUUAUUUUCCUUCACUGAUCUCCCCAUUUGUGUACAAAUUGAUUAUGCAUCUUAAGCACUUCGAUCCGACUUCAUCAUCUCAUUCAUAACUUAACCAUUAAACGUUCUGGUUCUCCAAGUCGAUCGAUUUGGAAUAAAUUACUGAUUUCAAUUCUUUCCCAUUUCUCUAUUUCAUAACUCGCUAAAUAGUCGUCUUCCAAUUCGAUACCACACUCUUCAGGCGGCAUCCUUAGAAAUUUGAUUUGAUAAAGCUAGCUGGGUAUAGCUAUGUAUGUAUUUCUUUAAUCAUGAGCGAACCGUAUAGCCAAGGUAACAACAACAACAACAAAAAAACGAGUGUGUAGAGUCGUCGUCGCCUACACCGUGCUGUAUAAAUAGUUUUAUGUGCUAAUUUUAAAGCCCUAUUUUUAAAUGCCUAAAUUUUAAUGUUAAUGCGUAAUGCUUAGACUAAGAUUUUUUAAAUUACCAUUUUUUAUAUACAUUUAUACGCUUAAUUUUUAAGCCUAUUUAUUUUUUGUAUGUGCUAAAC